GGUCAUCUGAUAMAUAGAGAAUUUUUCCCGGUACCACUAUGAGCGAAGGUCCCAGUGGAAAGAAGGAAUCCAAUAGUCCAGCGGACGUUGCCGCUUYCGACGAAGGUGGGCCGGAAGAACAGUCCCAGCAACAAAUGAAACCCCUAUUCGAAGCUCUCAAAGAAAACGAAAAUGCCACUCUAUCCUUUGCGGAAGGCUUUCGAGACAAGGUCAGGAUUCUUUUCGAACACUUUGACAUCGACGGGGACGGAAGACUUAGGUACAACGAACUGGCAGCACUCCAGCUCGCCACCAAUAGCAGCGACGACGAACRGCUCUCGAAAGAAAUGUAUGUGAUGGCCUGUCAGAGCUUGAAUUGCCAUCCUGACCAGGGUCUGAGUCUGGAAGCCUUAAAGUUCACCUACGCCGCGGAGGGUUCGGAYAUUGACGCUGACUACGAAAAGGUCUUCGACAAAGAGGGAAGGCCCAGAAAAGUGGUGGUACUGAUUCCGACAAAGAAAGACGAAGAAACCAAGACAAACGACAACACAAACGAUGGAGACAAAGUUUACGAGGUUGGAUCGGACGGAGCUGUCGAUAUCUCCUCAUCGUAAUAUUGAGCACCAUGACUCGAUUGCGUUUCACCGCAUUGCGUUCCAUUUGAUUGCAAUCUAUUUUCUAUUUUUUCUACUAUGUUCGACAACUGAGAUGGUUUCGASUCGCGUAGGUAAAGGCUUUUACGAUUUGCAC